AUGAUAAUACCGGAUCAGGUCAUAGAAUCUAAACUAGGUAAAAUUAUUUGCUAUUUUAUAGUAACGUACGAAACACCGGAACCAUCGGAUGUGUUAACCACUGAUGAAUACGAUAUGUUAACCGACAUAAAACAUAAUACGGAUACAGCCCUAAGCCAUGCGAGGGAUCAGUUACUAUACCUGAACAGCACAUUGACUCGACUGAAAGCAUCGGGGGUUAAAGUAUUGGUACUUCGGAUCGUUUACUGGGAAUUGUCUUUAAAUAUAAUCGACGAACUGAUGCAACAGUUGUUGAUAGAGAGGGAUGUCAUCGACGAGUACAGAGUGUCCAACAAUAAUACUCGACCAGAAGUACAACAUGUGUUGAAUAAAUUGACCCGUAUUAUAAUGGCUUUGCAUAGUUAUGUGAGAGAACGUAUGGGCCCGGCAGCUAUUGAUGACUUAGCAUUAUUGUCAUAUAAAUGGCCGCCACCAUCGCAAAGUGUGGAUCAGUUAACCGCCGAAGAAUAUCACAUAAUAUCGGAAAUGAGAAACACUUGCGAUAUAGCGAUGAAGAGAGCGAGGGAUCAGUUGUUGUCACUCAAGUCGGAAGCCAUCGAUGGGUUGUCUCGACUCAAGGCAUCGACGGCUCAGGCAUUGGCGCUGAGGACACACUUCAAAGAAGUGAAGCACACUUUUGUGAAUGCACUCGACUUAAUGGCUGACGAGUUGUCGAACACAACGGAUAUAUUAAACUAUAGAAUAAACAACAAUAAAAACAUCACUUCAUUACGCAAUUAUUGGCAACGCUUGGACUCACAGCUUAAGAAAGCGGUUAACAUCGAGACUUCGUUUAUGGUAUUGUCGCUCAGGACACACAUCGGGAACAGGGCUUUAAAAUUAAUCGAUGAACUAAUUGUAGAGUUGUUGACACAGAGGGAUUCACUCGAUGACCACCAUUUGAGGGCUGGUCAUAAACAUUAUACGCAAUUACUAAAUGAGUCAAUAAGCUUUCGCAUCAAUAUUGAGUACCCCACAAAUUGUAUAGACCCGGCUCAUGCCAGGGCUAGUAGUAAUGAUACAAACAUCGCGUUGGCAAUUGAUAAUAGAACAGAAUUUCGUCGACUCGUUAAUAAUAUUUAUGUCCUAUGCAUUAGAAGCACAAUUUCCCGGUUCGAUUUAAAUAAGCCUAAUGAAGUAGGAGUUUGUCCUAUCUUUAGAAGUAUGGGUAGUCGCGAUGGGUUCAACCAUAAUACUUUUAAUAACAAUGACACAGCCCACAGUCCUGUUAAUGGCACCGACACAGCCCACAGUCCUGUUAAUGGCACCGACACAGCCCACAGUCCUGUUAAUGGCACCGACACAGCACACAGUCCUGUUAAUGGCACCGACACAGCACACAGUCCUGUUAAUGGCACCGACACAGCACACAGUCCUGUUAAUGGCACCGACACAGCACACAGUCCUGUUAAUGGCACCGACACAGCACACAGUCCUGUUAAUGGCACCGACACAGCACACAGUCCUGUUAAUGGCACCGACACAGCACACAGUCCUGUUAAUGGCACCGACACAGCACACAGUCCUGUUAAUGGCACCGACACAGCACACAGUCCUGUUAAUGGCACCGACACAGCACACAGUCCUGUUAAUGGCACCGACACAGCACACAGUCCUGUUAAUGCAACGGAAACUCGAAAAAAGAAAAGACCUGUAUUAAUUAUACUUGCUAAUAAUAUAUUGACGUACGAAACACCGGAACUAUCGGAUGUAUUGACCGACAAUGAAUACCAUGUGUUGACACAAUUCCGUAACAAAACAAAUAUAACACUAACCGAAGCGAGAGAUAAGACUUUGGCCCUCUAUAUGGCGUUGACUAUAGAGAGACAAUCGGUCGCUCAGUUGUUGCCCGAGUUUGAGAAGUACUACAACACAACGCUUGUAAAGAUAUACGAAGAGCUGAUCCAACGGUUGUUGACACUAAGGGAUGCCAUCGACGAGCACCGGUCAAACACUGACAACUAUCAAGAGUUUGGGAUCGAGGCUACCAGAGUGGACAACAAGGUUGACCAGGUGUACGGCUUUGUAAAGAAAUAUGCUGAGUUCAAACAACUAUCCAAACUGUGCCGCAACUAUUCCCCUGUUUGGCGGUUUGUGAUCUCUAGACCUACUGAUGGGGGCGUAUGUCCGGCGGCUGUGGGUCGUGGCGAUGGCUACGGCCGCCACGAUGUUAAGGGUAUCGGCACACCUGACCAUGAUUAG